CGAAACUUCGAUCCCUAUGUUAUGCUGCAAGACCGAAAUGAGAAACAUAAGCUGAUACUCACUACGACCUCGCUAGAUGCCGUCUCCCUCCCCUGUUCAGCCCAUUCAAAUGAGAAAACAAACCCAUGAUCCCUUACCACAGUGAUUCUGAACUGCGUGUGAGAUUAAUCAAGGUUCAGAUUGCAUGGUGGCUUUGGCACCGGUUUCCUCAAAUUCACCGAUCAAAUUCAACUCCCUUUACUGCAAAAACCUGCCAUCCUCAUUUUCUGUUUAAAACUGAAAUUUAGGUGAGAUGGGGGAUAUUCUGAAGAAUUCCGAAAAUAGGCUGCUCGAUUUUUUCAAGAGAGAGACGGGUUUUUGCUCUCCCAGGAUUUACUCUCGCCGCGUGUCUGCUUCUGAGACUUUGGUAAAAAAGAUUGAUUUAUAUGGGAAAUUAAUCGGCCAUCAAGGCUGUGUAAACACGGUUGAGUUCAACUCCACUGGUGAGCUUCUUGUGUCGGGCUCUGAUGACAGACAAGUAAUGCUCUGGGAAUGGGCCACUCGGAAGUUAAGAUUUUCUUAUCCAUCUGAACACUUGGACAACAUAUUCCAGGCCAGAAUCAUGCCGUAUACCGAUGACCGGAAAAUAGUGACAUCAUCUGCUGAUUUCCAGGUUAGGCUAAGCCUUUUGCAUGACAGCGGCUCAGUUAAAACAAAGAGACUAUCCAAGCACCAGGGUCGCGUUCACAAACUUGCAGUCGAGCCCGGUAGCCCUCACGUGUUCUACAGUUGCGGGGAGGACGGCAUUGUCCAGCACUACGACUUACGAAGUGACUCCGCCACAAAGCUCUUCAGCUGCUCGUCCCGUGUUGAGAACAAUCGGCCCCCAACCACCAUCGGGCUCAACUCCAUAGCCAUUAACCCCCGAAACCCCAACUAUUUAUCUGCAGGUGGGGCCGAUGUCUAUGUGCGUGUUUACGACAUUCGAAAGCACGAAACAAACACGUCACAGGCAAAACUGGGAAUCCCAAUGGACGUUUUCUGCCCUCGCCACCUCAUCGGCACCCACGAAGCCCACAUCACGGCCCUCGCCUAUUCCGGUGCAGGCGAGCUGUUAGUCUCGUACAAUGAUGAGCUCAUCUACUUGUUUGAGAAUGGGCCUAGCGUGGGCCCGGGGGUUUUGACCUCUUUGACUGGGAAUUUGCAGGGCCCGAGUUAUAGUCAGGUUUAUUCGGGCCACAGGAACUCGCAGACAGUGAAGGGGGUGAGUUUCUUUGGCCCGAAUGACGAGUAUGUUAUGAGUGGCUCUGACUGCGGGAAUAUAUUUGUGUGGAAGAAGAAAGGAGGAGAGCUCGUUCGAAUGAUGGUCGGUGACCGGCAUAUCGUGAACCAGCUUGAACCGCACCCUAUGAUUCCGGUUUUUGCUACGUGUGGACUUGAGAAGAGCGUUAAAAUAUGGUCCCCCUCGUCUGAUGAUGUUAGGGCUCUUCCUGAAAAUGCUCACGAGAUAAUGGAAUCCAAUAGGCAAGGCAGAGAAGAACAUUCAAGAGUAAUACUGACUCCAGACGUGAUAAUGCACGUGUUACGGCUGCACAGAAGGCAAGCACGAGUUUAUAUCGAAAGAAGGGAUAAUAGGGAAGGUAUGGAGAGUGAUGAAGAUGAAGGGGAUGCUUAUGUUCUUGGGUUUUCUGAUGGAGAUCCUUCUGAUGAGGGUGGAGCGUCCAAUGAAUGUAAUAUUAGCUAAUUUUGUAAUUAAAGCAGCUGCUAAUUCUCCUCUCCUUUCUUCGUUGUUUAUUUUUCCCUUGUCUAUCUCAUCUUUAAACUUUUCUUGUUUGUAUAAUUCUGUAUUUCGAGAUUGGAUAUUCGGCCUAUAGUUACAUGUGUGAAAUAUCUAUGCGCAUCCUUUCAGUUUUGAGGUUAUGAUAUGUUUAUUCUUCCUCUCUCUCUCUCAUCUAUGUAUUUGUGCCUCUUGACCACUAAGACAAUAACAAGUUUGUAUUUCAAGUCACUUUACUUCCGCAAAAAUGCAUUUCUAGUCCUG